AUGUCGUGGAAACAGCCUUCAAUUACUGGUACAAAUAAUAUUCCGUUAGGAAGACGAAGGAUAGGCGGAUCUGAUGAAUAUGACACGCGAGAAGAUUCUUUUGAACAAAUUAAAGAAUCAAGUAGUAGUGGAAAUUCUCUUAAAAGAUCAAACGAAGAGAACGGGGAACAAACAGAUGGAAGUGAGGAACGUAAACGUAAAAGAAGAAGCAGGUGGGGCGGGGAGGAAUCAAAAGUCAACAUUCCAGUUCAUAUGAGAUUAGAAGAAAUUGGAAGAAAAUUGAGAACUGGAAAACGUGUAAAUACUCGAGAAUAUCGUUAUAGAAAGAAGUUAGAAGAUGAACGUCAUAAAUUAAUCGAGGAGGCUGUUAAAAGAAAUCCUGAUUAUAAACCUCCUGCUGAUUAUAAACGACCAACUAAAGUACAAGAUAAAGUCUAUAUUCCUGCUAAAGAAUUUCCUGAAAUCAAUUUUAUCGGGUUGUUAAUCGGUCCUCGUGGUAAUACUCUUAAAAAAAUGGAAUCGGAAUCCGGCGCAAAAAUUAGUAUUCGUGGUAGAGGAAGUGUUAAAGAAGGAAAAAGUAGAACUGAUGCUGCUGCAAAUGCUAAUCAAGAAGAAGAUUUACAUUGUUUGGUUACAGCUGAUGCUGAAGAAAAAGUUGCAAAGGCGGUUAAGAUGAUUAAUAAAAUUAUUGAAACGUCUGCUUCUGUACCAGAAGGGCAAAAUGAACUUAAACGUCAACAAUUACGCGAGUUAGCUGCUCUUAAUGGUACUCUUCGCGAUGACGAAAAUCAAAUUUGUACAAAUUGCGGUGCUACUGGUCAUCGGAAAUAUGAAUGCACUGAAUCUCAAAAUUUCACCAUUAAUCUUACAUGCCGCAUUUGUAGCGGUCACGGUCAUACAGCAAGAGAUUGCAUGGAAAGAAAUAAUCCUGAAGCUUUACAACAAGCUAAACAGAGAGAUCAAAAGUUAGAUAGUGAAUAUAUGAGCUUAAUGGCCGAGCUUGGUGAAAAUGUUGAUACGUCAAGAACUAAUGAACUCG